AUGUGUGGAAAUGAGGCUUCAGGAGGCAUAAAGAGGUUCAAGCAACAUUUGGCUGGUGGAUAUGGAGAUAUUGUCCUUUGUCCAAAAGUUACCAUUGAAAUUAGGAAAGAGAUGGAAGCUUACUUGCAAAAGAAGAGAAGAAGGCCUUUGUUCUUGGAUGGUAUUGAGGAAGAAGAUGGGGAAGAUGAAGUUGUGGAGGUGGCAGCGGCAAAUGUACAAGCAGGAGCAGAUGGGGGUGCAAAACCGGCUGCAAAACCAAGUUCUGGGACAGCCGCCAAGAGAAGGCAUGCUAUCUAUCAAUUCAAGGCUUCAAGACCUUGCAAUGGCAAUUCAACACCAAAGACAACAAAGUCUGUUGUUGUUAUGCUUAGAAGAACUCCUGAACAGAUAGUAGAUCAAAGGCGUGCAAAGGACUUUCGACCCACCAUUGAGUCCAGCACAAAGACUAAGGAGGAGAAGCAAUAUGUGGAUUUGCAAUGGGCACUAUGGUUCAUGGAGUGUGGUGUAUCCUUUAAUGCAGCAAAUUCAAGGCAAUUUGAAAUUGCCUGUGAGGCAACAAAUUUCAAUAUGGUUCAGAUUGAGGAUAUUGGAAAGGACAAUGUUGUUCAAGUUGUGACCGACAAUGGCGCUAACUACAAGGUCACCGGUAAGAUUUUGAUGGAUAGGAUUCCCAAACUAUUUUUGGAGUCCUUGUCUUUGCAUUAUUGCUUGGAUCUGAUGUUGGAAGAAAUUGGGAACUUGAAGGCAUUUAAGAAACCUAUUGCACGUGCUAGGCAUGUCACCACAUUCAUUUAUAGGCAUGGGAGGCUUCUUAGUGCAAUGAGGGCUCAAACAGUGGGCAAUGAUCUUAGUUUGUACAAGAACAAGGAUGCCUUGAAGAGCUUGUUUGUUAGUGAAGCAUGGAUUGGGAACACUUGUGUACAACUACAACAGAUGCAUACAAAGAAAAGGAAUAGGCUGCUUCACAAGAGAUUGAAUGAUAUUGUUUUUGUUUCAUACAAUCGGAAGAUGAGAACAAGGUUUCAGCUUAUGCGUGAGAAGGCAGGCAAGAAAUAUGACCCUUUGGUCAUUGAGGAGUUUGAUUGGGACAAUGAAUGGGCUGAUUCAUUGCAUGUGCCCAUUCCGGUGCUCGAGGGUCUGAUCUUGUCAAUGAGCUCACAUGGCAAAGAUGUGUUGAUGAAGCCACCGGUGCAUCACAAGCAAUGUAGGGUCGUAAUCUUCCUAGGAGAGCUACUGCUACUCAAUAUUAUAGUCAUUCAAGAAAUGUUCUUGUUCACCGCUCUCGCUCUCAAGAUGGAGAAGAGGAAGAUGAAGUUGAAGACCCACAUGAUGAUGCGGAAUUUCCUUCAAGGGGUUGGAUGCUACAUGGGAGAAGAGCUUUUGGAAAGGAAAGAAUGGAACAUGGGCUCUAGAAUUGGCAACAAACGAGCUUACAACGCCUUACAAUAUGCGUAUGGCGUCGCCUAG